UCAUGGGAGCAACAGCGGUGAUGAAGAUGGCGGUGGAGAUGGCAGCGGUGUCGAUGGAGAAGCCUUCCGGGGGCACUUCCCCGCUCCGGCGGCGUGCCGGAACAGAGACUCCUGUCCCCCAGAUCUUGGCGUCGCGAUGGCGGCGGCUCUGGAAGGUUUCUGUGGUUUUCGCCAAUCGUAUCAGGGUUUUCGAUCCAGGGGCUUUAUAUAGGCGAAGAGGCGGCGCAGGAGGGUCGAAGGGGCGACGACACCAUAGGGCGGCGCGGCCAGGGCCUGGGCCACGCCGGCCUAGGGUCUUGGGGCCCAGUGCCCCCCCUCUGGUCCUUCCCGGGUGUUCUGGAUGCUUCCGGUGAAAAUAGGAACUUGGGCGUUGAUUUCGUCCGAUUCCGAGAAUAUUUCGUUACUAGGAUUUCCGAAACCAAAAACAGCUAGAAACAGGAACUGGCACUUCGGCAUCUUGUUAAUAGGUUAGUUCCAGAAAAUGCACGAAUAUGACAUAAAGUGUGCAUAAAACAUGUAGAUAACAUCAAUAAUGUGGCAUGGAACAUAAGAAAUUAUCGAUACGUCGGAGACGUAUCAUGCAUCCUGUAGCUAAGUUCAAGUCAAGAUUAACUCUUCAUUUGCCUGAAAACCGUGCACCGGAUCUUUGCCAAUCUGAUCUUAUAUCCCCCAUUGGCCGUUUGAGUUUGUCACCUUCUGCACGUGUCAAGGAAGCUAGCAAGGUACAGGUUACCUCUGCAAUUCAGAAGUUGGUAUCAAAACCAUCUGAGGGAAGCAAAGAAGCUCCAAUCCGUGUUGGCGACACCACGCCCAAAACCAUCUUGAAAGCAGAUGACUCCCCUGAAGUUGUAAUCAGCGGUACAUCAACCUUUAAGGAUCGGCAAAAACAACUUGCUGAUGAAGCUGAUGCAGUUUACAACAAAAAGGUGCAUGCCAAAUCCAGUCAUGUCAAUAAUACUUUGAAAACGGGUGGAGCCAACUUGCAAGUUCAGGCAGAAGUUGUUGAGGUAGUAGAUGUUGACAAGUUGAUUCCAAAACGCACACCCAAAGUAAAUGGGUUUGUCACUCUCCAGCCAAAGAAUAGUCUUGUAUUUCCUCUACCAGAGAAUUCACGCUUCCCCGUAUCAGAUGAUGAUAUCAUGCAUUUUUGCGCAAUUGUUGAGUUGGCGUACACUGAUCGAGUUCAGAAGAACUAUGCGUUGGAAUACCAUGGAGUCCACUGCAGUUUUAUAUCCCUUGGUCAGACUCUUAUGCCUGAUGGCCACAUUGACAACUUUCUAAUACCUUGUUUCUGCCGGAAGCUGUUUGAGGAUAACCAUCCUUCGAAAUCUGGGAGACAUUACUUCUUUUCAUACAUAGGAGAAAGCAUACUUGAGUUAUCUAAUCCGAUGCAUGAGAACAUGGUUCGUACUUCAUUCCUUGGUGCUGCUUCUGCUAGCAAAGGCAAAAGACUUGAUUUCUCUGACAGGUUAUUUUUCCCAAUAUGUCAUUUGGAACAUUGGUUUACUUUCGUGGUCGACUUCAAGUUUAAGCUGUUUGCUUUUCUCGAUUCAUUCUAUGGCCCAACUUCUGAUUAUCAGAUUGCAGUUCGUGCUCCUUUAAUUAAAAAAUUUACCACUCUUUGGUAUAAGAUCUUCAACACCGAUGAACCAAAUUUCAAAAAAUUCCAAGUAAUGACUCCGAACAUGCCUAAGCAGGGAAAUGCGCAUGAUUGCGGUGUCUUCCAAAUGAAGGCUCUGGAAGUGUUUGAUCCCACGAAGGACCUCCGCAAAGAGUUCAGUAAAGCUGAUAUUAUUCAUAUGCGUAUUCAGUAUGCGAACCGUCUAUUCUUCCAUAACGGCAACAAAGCUGAUCGUAGCCUAGUUACGAACUACUAUGUUAAGGAUGAUUUUAUCCGCCAGCUCCGUUGGAUGUGGAUGCUCAAUAUUUUUGUGUUGAAGAACAACCUUUUAUGUGUCAUGUUUUUUUCUUUGCUAAUAUAUCAUGUCUUUUGUACAUCAUUGUUGUAAUUAUAUAUGUUCCUUUUCAGAUCGUUCAUAGUUAAUGAACACAACAAAUCUCCUUUUAA